AUGAAUCCCAACUUCAAAGCUCAACAUGAGUAUUUCUACCAUGAUGGGCGGACACCUGAAAUGGAUAGCAUAAUACUCAGCAGUCUUUUGAGAGAGAAGAAGGCGCAUAAUUUUGACGGCAUCGUCAUCCCGGUGGAGUUCUUGUAUGAGGCUGAGGCAACUCUCGAAGAGGAUAUUGGUGUGCGAGUCAAUAGGGAUGACAUCUACUAUCGUUUGCUAUUUUUGGAACGUCGUUAUCGGUCCUUCAAAGGACUAGUCGAGCAUGCAGGUACGAGGUGGGAUAAACCAUCGAACAAGGUCUUUGCUUCAGAGAAAACAUGGGCUGCUCUUUUGAAGGCUUCUGAAUUUCUUGGAGCAUAUAGUGUUGAUGGCGAACCCGAAUACAAGCAAAUGCAAAUGAUGUUUGGUGGUGAAAGUUUACAGCUGGAAAAUAAUGAAGAGGUCAUCGCCAUUUCCGACACCACUUUGGAAGCAGAAUUUGAUGACACAAUGCGUUCGGGAAAAGCACACGUCACUGGGCAAUCUUCUGCAGCAGCUGGUAAACAAAAGGGUAAGAUGAAUCCACGCAAACUUUUUGAUGAUGUCGGAAAUGCCUCUUACCGUGAAUCUGCGAAUGGUAAAGGAACUAGAUCAUCAAAUGAUACUUCUUGUGCUUCAUCUAGCCCGAAUGCAUGGUGGCGUCGUCCGUACGAAUGAAAUUAAGUCCCAACAUGCAACGUUCCAUAAGUAAUAUUAGGAUAUCCAUUUGGAUAAUAAGUCACCUGUGAUAUGCUAUUUUCUUUUGCAUUUGUCUGUAGUUUGGAUUGUGUAAGAUAUGUACUCAUGCUUGAAUGUAAGAUU